AUGUUCAUCCCCAAGCUGACGCGCGAAGGACAACAGAAACUAAAUCAUCACGACUCGGGCUUUAUUCGUUGGCAGUUGAAGCAUUACGGCGUUGAAUUUGACGAGGCGGAAUUCUCUGGCAAUGGAACAGUUUUGAUCAAGAAAGCCCUACUCGCAGGGCAAUGCGACAAGGUACCAGAUCACAUCAGAGCUCUGGAGCGGCAGAUGCACAUGGAAUACCGAGAAACUCGAACCCCUGGGCAACUCGCAACUGAACCCUCAUUGGGUUAUGGAAAAAUACUUCUUGCGAUCUGGCCAACCGCAUCGCAGAAAAGGCCUACAGUAGUUGGCAUACCGUUCGAGCCACGUAGCAACUACGGAUCCGGUUGUAUGGUCGAGGUUGCUAGCAAAGUACCCGAUGAGCACCCCGCAAAAGAGAAGAACGAAGUGCAAACUUUGAAUCGAGAGUAUGAUGACGGGCGAACAGCCAAGCACAAUGCUUAUCCGGAGACUCUGAAGGGGCAAAGAGGACCCGAGAAGUACUCCCCAGUUCGCAGUUAUCUGAUCGACUGCGAAGAAAUCAAGGCUCAAUGGCCAGAUGAUGCAAAAAACAUGACCUUGAAUAUUCGGACCACCGAGGAACGGGGAGUCUAUGAGGCAAAGUUUGACUUUGGCAUGCUCAUAGGUGCCAUGGUCAUUUGUGACAACAAGGCCGACCUGGUGCAGUACUGCGCCGAGCUGGAUUGA